UGGCGUCAGCGAUAUUUUCGGAAGAAGAGAGACGGAGAGUGAAGGCGGAGAGAGAGGCGGAGAUGAUACCGCAGCAAUGGACGCCGCCGUGUGGGAGCAAAUGCACGCAUAAGUACUCAGCUUUUACGCAGCUUCCAUGGAGAGUGUUCUGCAAAAAGGGAUGUGAUGCCGAUAGUGACUCUUGGGAAGAUUGUGUAGGAGACUGCAGUGAAAUAUGCUACAAAGAUCCUGUGCUAAAAGACAGACCAUGGACUGCAGUUAUAGAUCGUUCUCCUGGAGAUGCCAAAUACUCUGAGGAAUGCUUUCACGCAUGUGUAGCAGGCUGUGGUUACAAGUUUGAUGUUGAAGGUGAGAUAGUCAAUAAUGUGAAACCAAAGAGACCUCCACCACCACCGCCAAAGCCACAACCACCACCACCACCACCACAGUCUCAAAAACCAAAGCAGCCUCCUACUGAGGAUGUUCCUGCAACUUCCGCUUGACAUUUCACAUCCCCCAUCAAAGGCUAACACUUUAAACUCCUCAAUUUUUGGUAUCUAGGGAGUAUUAAUGUUCAGAGUAGCCAACUGGUCCAUAAUCCAUUUUCUUGAUAGUUUUGUAAUGGAGUUUGGAGAGUAUAUUAGUGGGACUCGUCCGUGGAUUGACCCUUUUUGGUCCCUAAGGCAUAUUAAUGAACUUAGAACAUCACC